AUGGCGCAGGUUGAAGUGAACUUAUCGGCAUUAUUCACAGAAUUGAACAAACACGGCCAAAAUGGAGACUAUGAUCGAGCUAUCAAGGUUACCAACAAAAUUUUGAAAGCAGCACCUGGUGAUAAGAAAGCAUUUCAUUGUAAAGUUAUCUGUCUGAUUCAGCAGUCUGAUUUUAGACAAGCAUUGAAAGUAUUGCAAGAUAAUUCUAACCUGUCUAGUGAGCUGACUUUUGAAAAGGCGUAUUGUCAAUACAGAUUAAACGCAGUAAGAGAUGCUUUAUCCACUAUACGAGACACUAUUAACCCAGAUAUUAAACUUAAAGAACUGGAAGGUCAAGUGCUUUAUAGACUAGAAGAGUAUGAAGAUUGCUUGGAUGUUUAUAGAGAUGUUAUAAAGAAUACCUCGGAUGACUAUGAAGAAGAAAGACAUACAAAUCUGUCAGCUGUAACAGCUGCUUUACAAAUAUGGGGAGAUAAAAAUGUGGAUGAUUAUGGACUGACAGAAGAUACCUUCGAGUUAUGUUACAAUAAAGCCUGUUUCCUUCUUGGUCAAGGUAAUAUCAAAGCAGCAGAGAAGAAGUUGCGUGAAGCUGAGUCACUAUGCCGACAGAUGCUGGAAGAUGACACUGACAUAACAGAAGAGGAGAUAGAGGAGGAACUCAGUGGUAUCCAUGUACAGCAUGCCUAUACUCUACAAUUACUUGGCAAGAAUGAUAAAGCACUCAAGUUAUAUAACCAAGUAGUCAAAUCAAAACCUUCCGAUAUUGGAUUGAUGGCUGUGGCUUGUAAUAAUAUCAUCACCCUCAAUAAGGAUCAAAAUGUGUUUGAUUCCAAAAAGAAAAUGAAAGCUGCCACAGCAGAUGGUCUUGAACAUAAGUUAACUAGAGAACAAAGAAAUACUAUAGCAUUAAAUAAAUGUUUACUGCUCAUGUAUACUAAUCAGGCGGAUGCAUUCAAGAAAUCAGUGAAGAAUCUGAAAAGUAAUUCUAACAGUGAUGUACCAUUUCUAAUAGAAGCUGCCCAGUUAUGUCGAGAGAAGCAUGUCAAUAAAGCUAUCCAGUCACUAAAGGAAUAUUUAGAAGUGCAAUCAAAUCCAUCUGUUAGAGUACAACUAACUCUGUCACAAUUACAUUUAAUGCAAGGUAACGUUGGUCAAGCAUGUAAAGUACUUCGAAGCAUUGAAGAGUUGAAACACCACCUUGGUAUGGUAUCCACGCUGGUUUCAUUGUAUAUGAGUUUAGAAGAUGUAGAUACUGCCAUAGAAAUACUAGAUAAUGCAGUACAUUAUUACAGAAAAAAUCGGGGGCCUAAAGGUUGCUUGCAAUCAUUAUUGAAAGAAAAUGCUAAUUUUAAGUUACGACAUGGCAGAUCAGAGCAAGCUGUGCAGAUGCUAGAGGACCUUAGACGUGCCAAUCCCAAUGAUAUGCAUACACUGGCUCAGUUAAUCUCAGCGUAUGCACAGUUCAACCCAGUGAAAGCACAACAAUUGAGUGAAGAGUUGCCGUCUAUUGCUGAGUCAGCGGAAGAUAUAAAUGUAGAUGCCUUGGAAAAUUCAGCUUUCUUAUUUGGGCCCAAGUACCUGAAAAAGGCUAGCAAGCCAGAAAGUAUCGAGAAGAAAGCUGCACAACCCCAACAAGAUUUAAUUCAGAAAAAGAAGAAAAAGAAAAGACGAGGAAAGUUACCAAAAAGCUACGACACUAAUGUUGAUCCCGAUCCAGAAAGAUGGCUGCCUAAACGAGAGAGAUCAUAUUACAAAGGAAGGAAGAAAGAUAAAAAAGGAAUGAAUGUUGGUAAAGGAACUCAGGGUGCUGCGUCAUCCUCUGCUUACAAUGACCUGGAUGCCAGCAAACCAUCAAGUACGCCGAGUUCACCAAGAGCAGGUACUGUACCACCUUCUUCGGCGUCAUCUACCGCAAGCAGCCAACCUGGACCAAGACAACAGAAAUCAGCAGCUGCAGCUAGGAAGAAACCAAAAAAGAAGGGGGGAAAGAAGGGAGGUGGUUGGUGAAACAGUAAAUAGGAAGAAACCAAAGAAUAAGAGGGGGAGAGGACAAUAGGGGCAAGUUUCAGCCACAGAAGUUUCUCCCUCUAUUUGCCACCCUCGAAGUUUUGGCCACACGUUUUAGAUUUUACUGAUUGAGUUCUUGCGAUUAAAAAUAAAUUUAUAUAUAUUUACUUUCAACUCGUUCAUUGCAAAAUAUAUAAAUAUUUAUUUACUUGUGCAUUCCAAACAUGGUUUAUUUCUAAUUAUUUAGAUUUAUUUAACUCUUCCGGUGUUUUAUAUUAAAUAAAAAUAAAUAUGCUGUACUUGAAUCGUAAGAGUAAAUAAAUAUAAUUACCGGUAAGCAAUACUUGUAACAUACACGUUAGAAAUAAAUUACAAAUAUGCUUGCAAUACAAGAGUUAUUAGAAAAUAAAUAAAAAUAUGCCUUACUUGAACAUACUAUUUAUUAUUAAUAUCUUAUACUUGUAAUGUACGAGUUAUUAGAUAAUGAAGAUGUACAUGCAACAUACAAGUUAAAAAUAAUUAGAAAUAUGGCGUACUUGCAAUGCACAAAGUAUUAGUAAAUAAAUAUACCGUACUUGUAAUGUACGAGUUAUUAGUAAAUAAAAAUAAGUAUGACGUACUUGGAAUGCUCAACUUAUAAGUAAAGAAUUAGAAAUAUGCUGUACUUGAAUAUAUGAAUUAUUACUAAAUAUGUAAAAAUACACCCAACAUACUAGUUAAAAGUAAUUAUAUAUAAAUAUACACAAUAAGAACUUGAUGGGAUAUAAAAUGUGUGUGGCUGAAAUUUCAAUCAUGGCGAAUGGAUGCCAAAGAAAAUAAAGAGUGAGAAUGGUGGUUGGUGAAAUGAUUAAUUUCAUGUUUAAUAAGAUAUUUUUCCCGAGAUUUCAUUUUGUUUUUAAUUGAGAAAUAAAACUGUUUACCAACCUCAGUAUA